CGUUCGUCCCUACACGGAAUGUUUACGGUAACGGACAAAAUAAUGAGUGGUUACCUGGUUGUCUGUGUAGUAUUAUCCUAUCUGAUAUUUGUAAAAUGGAUAUAUUAUCGACAUCGGCGCUCUUUGAUAAAGUUACUGAGCAACUUAAUGAAUGUUUUACUGAACAAAGAAACGAGCGGGGCGGACAUCAGAGCUUUAAUCGUGACUGCUCAUCCGGAUGAUGAAUGCAUGUUCUUCGCGCCAACGAUUGUACGACUGGUUGAAUUAAAUAUCAACGUUCAUUUGCUCUGUUUGUCUGAAGGAAACUACUACAAUCAAGGAGCUCUGCGUAAACAAGAACUUCUCAACAGCUGUUCCGUGUUGGGGAUACCAGACUCAAGAGUCACCAUAAUCAACCAUAAAAAACUUCCUGAUGAUCCCAAAGCAGAGUGGAGCAUCUCAUUGGUCUCCUCUUUGAUUGUGAACCACAUAAGAGAUAACUCCUUCAACAUGGUGCUGACCUUCGAUGGAAGAGGAGUGAGCGGCCAUGCCAAUCACGUAGCCAUCUAUAAAGCUGUCAGCCAUCUUGCCUCCACUGGACAAGUACCCAACGACUGCUGUUUGCUCUCCCUGACGACCGUUGGCCUCUUCAGGAAGUACAUCUCCCUCUUGGAGCUUCCCGUCAGCUUGCUGCUGCCUUCGUGUCUCAGCUGUGUGAUAGGUUCACAGGGCUACAAGAAAGCCAGAGCAGCUAUGUUUUGCCAUCGCACUCAGCUCCUGUGGUUUCGUCACCUCUACAUCGCCUUCUCCCGGUACAUGUUCAUAAAUACUUUCCAAAUAAUCCCACAAGGACCAAAGAACCUGAAGAUCUAUUGACACAAGCAGAUACAACUCUAUUAGGUUCUCAACUGGCUGUUCAGUUACUAUAAGCUUGUGGUUAGACCGAACUAAGAAAAUGUCUGCAAAUAGCAAUAUAGUUCUGUUGUGACUGGAUUUACUGGAAAAUCUAUGAGGAACAACAGUACAUUGUUUUGCUUAUGCAGGAAUUAAAAUUAGUUUCAGUAACGUUUUCCAGUAGAGAGUAACCUAUCAAAAAAAAGUAAUAGAACAAAGGAUCCCACAAUGACCAAAUAAUCUGAAGAUCUACUCAGUUAACUCAUUCAACAUGCACUGAUUGUUACACUCCAAUGCAGCCAACGGACUGCCUCAGUACUCUGUGGUAGGAGGGGAUUUAGUAGCUGUUUACAAAUGUUAGCUGUUUUGCUCACGGGACCAAAGAUUUCUUCAAUACUAUAUUUGCUCCAGUAUCCUGAAUUUUUAGUGUUAAAAACCUUUUUUGAAUGAAGCUGACAGUUACUUUAAAGUAAAAGCAACAAAGUUCUUGUGAAAACGCUCUUUAUUUUUUCUGUCUUUACACUGUAUAGAACAACACCAAGGUUUUAACCUUUUUCAUGCAAGUUUUAAAGAUUGUUGAAAACACUGUACAGUUUUUCUGAUAUACUUGAUACACCACUGAUAUACUAGAUUAAAGAGUUUGAUUUGUGUUAGCA